AUGCCCGACGACGACGUCGAGGACGACGACAUCGACGCCUGGCUCGCGAGCGAUUCCGACGCCGACGACGCCGACGCCGACGACGGGCGCGCGGACGGCGACGCGGACGCGGUGGGGACGGCGGAGGGUGUCGAUCCGUCGAUGGAUGAUGCUGGGUCGACGGCGGAGGAAACGCGUGGCGACGACGACGACGACGACGACGACGACGACGACGACGACGACGACGGGCGCGAGGGUGCGUCGACGGUGCCGACGUCGACGGUGCCGACGGGUGGCGAGAGCCGCGACGACGGGACGCGCGAGACGCGCGAGACGCGCGCGCUCGAGCCGCUGUUUCCAUCCGAGGUGAACGCGCUCGCGGCGAACGUCACCCGAUGGGCGUCGUUCGGAUUGAACGCGGCGAGAGAGAAGAUGCGCGAGGUUGGGAGCUCGGAGCGCGCUCGAGCGCUGAAGAGAGAUUUGAGAGAGUUUGGGAGUCACGUGGUGGGCGACGACGACGCGCGGACGCGAGUGUUGGCGCCGAGCGACGACGAGGAUGCAGACGAUGGAUCGGACGCGGAGACGUCUCGCGGAAGAGGUGGUGAUCUAGGUGGACCCGGGGCGAAGGAUGCGAUGCGCCUGGCGGAGAGUUUCGCGAGCGGCGCGUGGGCGGCGCUCGGCGGCGCCGCGAGUAAGGCGCGAGAGGCGUUGGAGAAGGCUGACGUGGAUAAAGCGCGAUCGGUGGGCAUCGGCGCCCUGGGGGCGCUGAAGAACGUGGUCAAAGCCACCGCAGACGUCGCCGCGCGCGCCACCGCGGACGUUCUCGCGGGGGAGGAUAGCGCAGAAGAGGAAGAGGAGGCUCGAUUGGCGUUGUUGGAGAGGCUCGACGAGUUCGGGCUCGGUGAAGUGCGAACGAGCAUCGACCGAGCGAGCGACGCCGCGAGAGCAGCCCUGGCACGCUCGUGCGUGAAGGAAGCGGACAUCGUGCGCGUUCGCGAGAGCGUUCGUCGAUGGGAGGAACACAUCACCACGAGCGCCGAGGCGCCGAGCGCCGGCAAGCCUUCGUCGCCAGGAGUCGAGGCCACGCUCGUCGCCGUGCCCCUGGAUGAUGACGAGGAGGACGCGGAGCACGCCGCUCAAGUAGAGUCCGCGGCGAAGACGCUGACUUCACUCAUCGGUUUCGUGGACGCUCGCGCGGAAGACAUGACUUCAUCGUUGGCGAGAUACGCCGAGAAAAAAGUGAGCGAGAGGCACGGCGCCGCCGCGGUCGUGGAGGCCCUGGAGGAUGGGCUGGAUACCAUUUGCCAAGAGUUCGCGCGCGAUGGACUCGCAAAACUCACCGUGAGCGCGCUCAGAGCGAUCGAAGAGAUCAUCGAAUCGAUCGAACGGGGAGAAGACGCUCGAUGGGUCGUCCGCGACGACGCGACGCGAGUCGCCACUCGCGCACGAAAUAUCGUCGCCAAAUGGGAGAGCGACAUCGAAGUGUUCGCACACGCGGUGAAAGAAGCUUUGCUCUCCGUCGCCACUGCCGUGGAAGACGCGACGCGCGAUUCCUGGCCAGCGAGCGCGCCCGAGCCGAGCGCCGUCGCCCAAGUCUCCACCGCGGCGCUCGAUCGCGACCGAGCGACGUGCGUCGGCAUCCACCGCGACGCCGCGAUGCAGCUCGCGUGGAUCAUUGAAUCAGCCGCAUCGCUCACGAGUGAUUCUUAG